GGCGUCUAUGUCUCCAUAUUGCUUGCACUCGAGGCAGCGCCUUUCCGCUCUUCCUUGGAAACGCCUGUCCUCUGGUGAACGCGCUCUUUGCUCUCAGGACGCUAGACACGCUCAUGUACUCACAUAAUAUAUCCGAAACGACGAGUCAGGAAGGGAUGCACAUCUCAGCUGUUCAUACAUCGUUUGUACAGGAUGCUCAAGGCGUAUUUUGAUUACCGGAAAGUCAGCACGAGCGAACUCGAUGUCCCAUCCGACGUGCAAAUCAGUUGAAUCUUUGCUGUCCUGCUUCUUUUGAAUAUGAUGCUUUCAGGCCAAGGUGACUCGUCUCCCGUCGAAAGCAUCACGCUACGCUGCCGGAGACUGGGAGGACAACGCAUCGGCGCCCCAAGAUUACCCCCACACCCAGCAGGUUCAGUUCUUCAGGCUGGCCCCUACGGCAAACCAGAAAGAGCCGAACGCUGACGAUUUCGAUGAGAACAAGAAAGGCGCGAUAGACUCAUCGAAUGCCAACUUGGCGUCAGCAUUUGUCGAGGCCGCAUCCAGGGAAGCGCCGCCUGUCGAAAAAAUUGGCGUGGCGGACUUGGACCUUGCGCAGUCUGACGACCAGAGCUUCGUCGGGAAAGACACCGAGAUCCCCAUUGUGUCCAGCAUCUUCGGCCCCACUGUUUUCGGUCCGGUGGACAAUCCACGGAUCAGCAGCAUUCCUCCCGUGGGUGAUGACAGCGUCCCGCCAACCCCGCACACAUCGCAAUCGAAAGAGCAGCCUGCCGAUGAGUUGGAUCAGGAAGAGGUCAAAGCUCCCCAUCCAGAAACGAAAACGUCGCCGCGUCAUGGUCUAGUGCGGCUGGCGAGCCAGCUUUCAGCUCUGAUGAGUACGUUGCUAGAGAACAGUCAGCGUCCGACAACUCUUGGAUGAGUGAAAUUGUGGUGAGUGAAUUCAUGCAGGCACAGAUGAGGAGAUGGCCGAGUGGACAGCGGAACAGGAGUCUCCUCAGGACGAGGACGAGGACCUUGGCUCUGCCGCGAUGCCCGGCCGUGUACCGACAGAUACCAAAAGAGCGCCGUCCAGCUACACAACGUCAGGAGAGCCGUCCAAAGAAGUGCCAGGUGGGUUCUGCGAUGGGAGAGAGGCUAUUGUCAAUUCGCCCUUUUCUGUUGGUCUCAGGAGAGGGUAUAGAGGCGACGCUUCCCAGCAAGUCUUUCCGGAUUAAAUCGCGUGCUCUUGUUGGUGACGUCGGCGAUGCGUACGUCACCCAUGCGCCCACACGGAGCGCACAUCGAGCGAGUUGAGACAUGAACGGAUACACGGGUUUUUCUUGUGCAGGGCGCAGAACGCAGCAAUGGCCGUCUCGGUGCGAUCUCGUGACUUCUCCUGCGCCUUGAUUAUAUCCACUGUCGUGUCGCUGCUAUCACUGGUACACACGCAGGCAGGCGGCCAACUAGGCAGACAGGCCGGCACGCGCGCACACAUGUGAAUGUGUGCGGCACUAGGCGAUCCUUCUUCUCGUCUGUAUUCAACGUGCUCGAGCGAGCCGACUUUGUCCAGGCAAGCCGACAUUCGUCCGCCCGUCACUUUGGCAAUGUCCCUCUUUUGGUCUUGUCUCUGUGUCUCUGUCUGUGCGAGUGUCUGUCUGUCUGUCUGUCUGUGUCUUGGUCUUGUCUGCGCCAGACAUGAAGGGGUGGAACGUAUGCGGACUGAGGUACGUAUAUAUUCCGGGAGAUGUGUAUUCUUUUCAUGUCUGUCAGGACAUUUCCGCCUCUCCAAUCGACUCCGUGCAACUGCCGAUCUAUCAUGGCGUCCGACCAACAAUACGCGCCAUAUAUGGUCGACGCCAUCAAGUCGUUCACGACACUUGAGGUGCGGUGACAGUCAGACAGACAACGUACAUGCCACGGACAAUGAGCAAAGAAUGACUCAUAUCCGUGUGUGCCCUUUGAACCGAUGCAGGCUAUCGGUCUGUAUCCCCCUUUUGAGAAAUUGGAGCUCAACAUGAACGUCACUUCCAUUCCAAAACAGCUCGCCAAACAAAGUAGGAUGACAGGCCUGCUCGAAACAGCCUCGCUCGUGCUGUCCGAUGGAUGUCUCUCUGCAUGUCUCUCCCUUUGUGUCUCCGUGUGUCUGAUAUGCAAAGCGUUCCUUCUUGCCUUCCUUUGGCGAAGUAAGAUUUGGCGCAGGAAACGGAUGCCGACACAUGUGCGAUGCGAUUUGCCUGUUUGUGCGGCUGUGAUGGCAGAGACUGCGAUCAGCAUCCUCCCUGCGGACGAGCUGCGGUACUUGGAACGAUUGCGCGUGGUAUUCUUAGGGGGCAACUUGAUCGAAGACGUCCCCGAGAGGUGAAUGAAUGAAGCAUGUCCUUUCUCAGUGGCAUUGGAUCUCCUGUCUGCCUGUUUGUUGUGUACUUGAUCAAAGUACUCGGCAUCUUCGCCAGGUCGAAUUUAUCAAUCUCCGUGGCAACUUGAUAGCGGAGGUGCCAUACAGCAUCAGCGAGCUCUACUCGCAGGGAUCUCUGACUACUCUAGCGCUAGGUAUGAACAAUGAGGUCGUAAACAGCAAUACCAAUGAAUGCUUGCAAACCAUUGUGUGAGCAGACGUGAACCCAAUCUGCUCAAACGGUAAUCAUCCCUUCGGACGGACCGCCCUGUGUCUGUCUCACCAUCUGCAUCUGUCUGCUCACCUUUCUGUCCAUUCAGGGUUCCUCGAGGACGAGACGGCCCCCCCGGCGUUUGUCCGCAUGGUGAAGAAUCUCGUCCCGUGCCAGUCACUACAAGACGGACCUGAUGGUGGGUCACAGACCCCACCUGGAGAGCUUGGCGGAGGUAAGUAAGAUCUCGAUUCUCCGGGCCCAUCGGCAUGACGUCAGUGAGUGAAUGUAAGUGUGUGUCUGUGUUUGCAUUUGUAUGGGUGUGUGUGUGUGUCAGGGACGAGCGGCGGGGAAUGCGUCACAAAAGUCCGGCAUUCAUUUCAUCGCAUAGGAACACACUUUGUAUUGCAUAUGUGGGUGACCAGUGCCGAGAAUGGAAGGCGUUCUUUCACGCACUCGACCUGGACAAGAAUGAGUGUCUGGCGUGGUCGGAGGUGGACGGAGUCUACCCUGCACUCACGGAGACAGAGUUCAUCUACGCUCUCCAAGGAUUAGAAGGAAAAUGGGGAACCACAAGGCGAGCAGACUCAUUGUGCCAGCCCAGCCAUUUCAUCGCCGACUGAUCUUUUCGCAGGGACCCGAACACACCACUCUGUGGGACAGCUCGGAUAUUUUCCCUCUUCAUGUCGACGUCAUACACCGACUGCUCUGGCUGGUAUCAGUGAAAGGGUGGAACUACGAUGUGGCCAAAGAACAAACCAAGAUGCAUGUAUAUGUCUCCUGUUUCUCUUUCUCCCUCCCUCCUUCGUCUUUUUGUCUGCUUGCUGCACAUGCAGUACCAUCCAUGGCAGCGGCGAUAUGGUGUCCGAUCAGAGUGAAAAUGAUGUAUAGCGGCAUUAAGCCACUGUCUCUAUGGUUUGUGUCGUAUCAUGUGCAUCUGUAAGUGGCAUGAAUGCAUAUAAUCGUGUGUGCCUAGUACACAUGUGCAGGCAUCCAUACUCGUGCCCACCCGUACAUGUCGGUGCGUGUGAGCGUUUGCUUCGAGGCUGUGUUUUUCAGAUCUUGAUGCACGUAUGUCUUGGGAGACAUAAGAGAUACUGCUGCAGAGG